ACAACACGAAGUCACUUUACCGCAUGAAUUUGCUGCAAGAGGACUUGUAUGAGGGGGGAGAAUUGCUUACCUCCUAGGCCACGCAAGCUAUAUGGAUGCCUACAGAUUCGAGAAAUGCUUACUUUUGACUACGCUCUCGCAUACUACCUGAGAUAGUUCUUUAGAAAAGACUUUAUUGAAGCUCAUAUUCUUUACACUGUGCCCUUCAUCACUACUUCUUGAUUUUGCUGCUAAUCUUAGGUAUGAAGUGGACUUUACUCCUGCCCUUGGCGGCCGUCACGACCGCCUUUGUGAUUCCCGACGAUGAAGUAGCAAAUCAACUCGUCAUUGAGCCGGAAAGACCCUCGACAGCCCUUCAGGACAAACUUCCACCGGCUGAGCAGCUGUUCGCCGGAGUCAAGUCAAAGUUGGAAGAUAUUGUGGAAGCCUCAAAGCAAACCGUCGAUGAUGUAUUCUCGUGGGCGUUAGAAACCGGCCGAGACGCCCACAGCAAGGUUAUCACAUCGUCCUUGGAUGCAUUUGACCCGCAGUCAUGGCUCGAUUCGGAUCUUGAUACCCCUGAGGAUGAUGAAGACAUUUGGGAUUCUGACUUCGACUCAUUCGGCGGCGGAGAGCAUCCUCCUCACCAUGAUCCUCCACCACACCAUCGCCCUCCUCCCCAUCAUAAACGUCCACACCAUGGUCACCAUAAGUCCAACCUCACAGUAUAUCAGCUCAUCUCCAAGAGCAAAUAUACCACAAAGCUGGCAAAAUUGAUCAAUGAAUAUGACGACCUUGUUGACCUCUUGAAUGGCACGAAAGCAAACUAUACCGUCUUUGCUCCCACCGACAAGGCCUUUGCCAAGAUUCCCAAGUGUGCUCCGAAGCCUUCGAAGGAGCUUCUCAAGAAGAUUCUCACCUAUCACAUCUCUGAAGAAUUUUACCCGGCCGGUAGAGUUCUUGUGACAAGGACCAUCCCGACAUUGCACAAAGAAGCAGCAUUGGGCAAAGAGCCUCUGCCGCAAAGACUGAGCACGAACAUCGGUUUCAAUGGACUGACUGUCAACUUCUACAGCCGUGUCGUAGCUGUAGAUAUUUUUGGAACCAAUGGCGUGAUCCACGGCAUUGACAGCAUCCUCCUUCUUCCACCUAAAGCCGCGGAAAUUAUCAACUUCCUGCCUGGUGAAUUUAGUACGCUCGAGCUUGGGCUGGUAAAGACGGGUUUGCUCGAAAAGAUAAACACGACGGAACACGAGGGCGGCACGCUCUUUGCGCCGUCCAACUGGGCAUUCAAGAAGCUAGGACCCAAGAUCAACGCCUUUCUCUUCAGUCAAUAUGGACUCAAGUAUCUAAAGGCUUUGCUCGAGUAUCAUAUUGUGCCCAAACAUACCUUAUACUCGGAUGCGUACUACAGCCCAGACACUGAAGCACAGGGUCAUCGCAUCCCCAAGGGCCAUUUCCAUGUUGAUCUCCCAACUCUUCUCGAAGAGAGGUCGCUGAGUAUCGAUAUUGGCCGCUUUGGACGUCUCAUCACGAUCAAAAUCAACGGCUUUAGCAAUGUUGCUGUCCAGAAUGGCAUUGCCAGGGACGGGGUAAUUCAUGUUGUCAGCAGCGUCAUUAUCCCGCCAAAGAAGCUGAGCGGCGGCAAAGUCGCCGAAUGGCAAGGCGAAGAACUCACUGAAGAUGACCUGAAAGAGAGACUCGAGCCAUAUGUCGACGAACUCUAGUUCUCGAAUAUCGAAGCAUUCGGUGUUCCUCUGACGCUCAUUUGAUGAAACCACUUUUUGAUCAAAGUUGCCUGACGAAGAUACAUGACGACCUUUACGACCACAAGUAGGGAUUGCUAGCUCAAGUGGAAGCAAAGACCAAAAAAUAGGUGAAACCCAAAUGGCAAAAUAAAAAUUCAAAACGGCUAAAUGUUGAUGCUCGCGCUCGUUUCAGGUAGCUUGUUAUCUUAGCUUAAUGCAAUAUUUCUACUGGCAGCCUUCCC